UGUAUGCGUCCCUCCUCGCGCCAGAGAGUGGCCGCCUGGCUGCUCGCGCUGCCGUUGGGGAGAGGUGGAGAGGAAUGCGCGCGCCGCGGCCGACUGGAGAUGAUCUCGUUUUGGCUGCUGUGCUGGAAGCUGUUGAGAGCUACAACUGGGCUAAGGAGGACAACACCUGAGCUAACAGACGCUAACCACGACAACGGUAGCUCCAGCAGCAAUAACCCCGUCUGCCCUCCCUCUCCCCCACUGCUAGUCAGUCCAGUUACCAUGGAGAUGAGCUCAUCAGCACCACUAACAGACAUGGAAGGAGAGAGCCUUUUUAGUUGCCACAACCAGGAAGAGGACGAACUAGGUUUUCCUGGGGUCCAUAGGGUGGAAGACAAGGCUGUAGGAGGAGAAAAUAGGAAAGGAGAUGAGUGUGACUAUCUCAUUUUUGAGAUGGGAGAUGAGAAAGGAAGAGAGGUCAGUGAAAGUGAAAGAGGAGAGGAUGAAGGGAGUGGGGAGAUAGAGGGAGAAGAAGAAGAGAGGGGAAAAACAGAAGGAGAAAUCGAAAGAAGAGAAAUAGAGACAGAGGAUGAAGACAGAGGGAGAUUCAAGGGAGAAGAUGGAAAUGAAAGAGAAACAGAGAGUGAUAGCUGGGAAAGAAGAGAGAGAGAGGGAGACGAUGAAACCAGAGAGAGUACAGAGGGUGGGGAGGUAGGGGGUGGAGAAGAGGGAGAAGACCCAGGAGCAAAAGACACAAAAGAAGAGGAUCGCUGGAUCAGAGGAAUAGAGGAAGAGGCAAAAGAAGAUGUCUUUUCAGAUCUCCUCUUCCCCUCAGACAGUCUGCUGCAUCCUUCACCAUCUGAGCCACUAGGUGCCACCUCAGAUCCUCUGGAGGCCGUGCCACAAGAAGUUUGGGGUCCCGACUUCACCAUCAGGGAUGACCUGAGUGACAGCCACCUCAGUGACUGCCUCCAAGCAGAGCGUGUCAUCGUGUACUCAGACAGCGAUGCAGGUGAGGACCAGUGGUCAGCUUUUGCCCCCUCUGACAUCACCAGCCAGAUCGAAGAAGAGAGGAAGAAAGAUGUAACAUUUGAAGAAGAGGAGAAGGUCAAAGGAGAGGAAGAAGACAAUGAAGUCAAAGCAGAUGCAAAAAAACAAGAGCAGAAGAGAGAGGUGGAGGUGGAGGAAUACAGGGUGGGAAGAAAGGAUGAUGAUGAAGACCAGAUGAGGUUGAGGAGAGAUCUUUUCCUACGGUCUCCUUCAGUAAGCUCCACAGCGAGCUCCACGGACCCCGACAAGAAGGUCCCUGUAGAUUUCUGCGUGCAUGAAGAGACCCAAAGUGAAAACGUCUCUACUGAGCAUGUGGACUUUCUUUUGGCCCGUCAGCAGUGGAAGAAGAUGGAAGAAGAGGUCAAAGGUCAGCCCAUCCCAAAACCGGGACUGAGAGCUCAGGGGAGCUUCCAGGGCACCCACUCGUCACUAUAUCCCCCCACUCGCAGUCCCCGGCUCAAACACAGGGAAAUUCAAAUCCCCAUGCCCAGGGAACCUCCUCUGUCCUCCACCCUGUCCCCUAGCUCAGAGGACUCAGGUCUGGAUGAUUCGUCAUACCGCAGCACCCUGGAGGAGCCUGAGACUGCAGUGGAGAGAGAGAUCCGAUUGACUCUAGAGAGAGAGGAACGACACCGCAGGGAGAGGGGAAUGAUUGCACAUGGCCUUGCAAUACCCAGGCCAUCCAGCUUGCAGACAGGACGAUCUCCACCCAGACCUCCGGCCUGCCGCACCCCGACACUCUCAAUCUCCCCGACUCCAUCCUGUUCCUCGUCCCUUCCCCGAUCUGCCUACCAUGAAAUGACAGCUAACAACGUCAUCAUCCUGGAGCCCGAUUCCUCUAGCCCCGCCUCCAGGAAUCGUCUGCUCUCUUCUGCAAUCGGCGGCCUUUCCGAUUGGCCAGCAAAUUCAGAUGCAGUGCCUUCCGCUAAUGUCAUUGUUGUAGAGACCUCCAAUCUGAUCAUUCGCAGUGCGUCUGAGUUCUGCCUAAGCUCCACCCCACUGUCCGUGGAACCGCAGGAGAGCACCUUCACUUCAAAUCCUUUUUUCAAGCUGCGCUCACUCAGCAGCCAGUCACUGGUGGAGCAAGAGAUCAGGAUGGUGAGGCAGAGGGAGGAGGAGUGGAAAAGGCAGAGGGAGGAGAUGUGGAGGAGGAAAAGAGAGGAGGAGUGGAAGAGAGGGAGAGAGCGGUACGAUACUGUGUUGGUGUCUCCGGGUCUGAGUGAUAAUGUCACAUACAAUGUGUCAGUGGUUCCAGACAGAAGUGUCUCCUCCCCGUCAUCCCCCUCCAGGACCCGCAAAAUAGAGCGAUCCAGUUUGUCUUGUGACCACAAGUGGUUCAGCUGAGUCUUCCCCUCCCUCCAGUUCCCUCCUUCCCUCUCUUCAGUGCCUCGACAACAAAAUGCCAUGGCACAACGAUGGGAGGCCUCCCUACUAGCCAAUCAGAAGAAGAAGUAAGCAACGGUACUGCUCAGCUGUCAGACAUUUUAAAAGCCAAAAUGACGUCCCCUGCCUAUUUCUUCCUUAGUUUCGCCAGAAAUCUCAGUCAGUCCUGUGUAUCAGCAGCCAGUGUGUUUUACAACAUUUGUCAGAGCUAUGGGUUAUUGCUCAAAUGUGGGUUUUUCACCUGGACACCACAGAAGAAGAGGACUGUUUCUCGGUUUCAAUGAUUUCAGUAAUUUACCUGAGCUGGUUUUCCACAAUGUCUCAGUGGCUUUAAAAGUCAGACUAUCUAAAAGAGUCUGACACAUUGGAUCUGCCUGUAACGUCACUUUUUCUUUUAUAUAAUAAUUCCUGUGGACACAUUCCCUAAAGGUGUAGGACUACCGUAAGUAUAUAUCAGUCUUAAUCUGCAGUAAUGAUAAUCCCACUGGUUUUAACAUGUGAUAUUUAAUGUGAAUUUUCACAUUUUAACAUUUGUGAUUUUAUCCUCGAUAUAUAAUAUUUACAGCACUUUGAUAACUAGAUAUGGCUGAGCUAAGGCACUAAUAGAACUAUUUAUUGACAUCUAUUUUAUGUGAAUGACUGACUCUAAUGCAGUGAUUUUCAAUUUUACUUCUUGGCAGUCACAUGCUCGACUUUAAUGACUUUAUAUGUGAAAAUAUUGUAGCUAUGCAUUGCAGAGAUGCAGACAUGAUGUUGCAUGUUGUUUUCUUCACAAUAACAGUUCACGUAUUUUAAAGGUGCCACACCAAACUUUGAAAAUCACUGCCUUAAUGAAGUGUUACAACGAGCCAUUGAUCCAAACAGUUUGGAUGUCCCAGGUUUCCUAAAGUGCUACGGUGGCUUUUGCUUCUUUUAUGAAGGUCAGUUGUUGGCACAGGUUCUCAUCAGUGUGUUAAAUAUACACUCUACCUUCCUUUAGUCCCUCAUCAGCACACAUUUGCCAUUUUUGAGGAAAGCUGUUAGUGUUUUAAACAGUUUAGGUAGCUUCUGUUAAGUGGCUGCAUGAUCUUGAUGAGAGCAGCUCAUAAAGGGAAACUUGCCCUUGCAUGAUGGAUCCUCCCUCUUUAGUUUUUAACUUUAACAUUAAUAGUUUGCCUUUGGCAUCCAAACUGUACUGUUUUCAUCCUCUCAGUAGUUGGCCUACAGCCUUUUUACUUUUUACUUUAGGAACCAAAAGAAAAUCUGUAAUUUCUGCUGUGCAACCUGUGUUGUUGUGUGUGCCACAGGCUUUUUUCUAUCAUGAGCCUAGUUAUCCCCCAAGAGACCAAGGUAUAAGGAAGGAUUCUACUCUUAUCUAGACUGUAGAUAAGUUUGAUUAGUUUAGGUUAACUUCACACCAUCAUACAAAAAAUGGACAUCAUAGAGCCUGUGUAUCAUCCUGAAAUAAAACAAAUAAGGAACAAAGAUGUAUCUCAGGAAAAGAAUUAGUGUUUAAUGGAACUGAAGAGAAGUGGAAAAGUUAAAAGAGGAGAGCAGUCAUCUGAAUAUGUUGCUAGAUAGCUUGUAGCUAAUGCCUCACCAACAACUUCCAUCUAUAAAAUGGAUGAAAGAUCUCAAGCUGAAACCAACGUUUGCAUGGCUGUGUCCCCGUGCUGUUUGAGCUUUAUAAUCAUCCCCAGACAAACACGCUUCUCUUGGAGUGAUACAACCUGGCCAAACUGUCUGUGCAUGGCUCCACAGCUAUGGAGGCGAGGGCUCAUCACAGCUCUGACCACAAGGUCUACUCGAUAUUUUUACAGAUUUUUAUCUCCUGUCUUGAUUCUUAUAAAGAGAGAUUUAUCGUAUUGUAUUUUUGCUGCAUAUAUUUAUGAACUGAGCAGUGCUUAUAAAUUCUUAAAACUUUUAUUUGUAAAAGGUUUAUAACAUAUUGUGACGUAAGAUUAUUGAAAACGUGAAGUCUUUCCAUGUUUUUUAGAAGCUGAUUUUUCCAUGUGGUGUGUGCGUUUGUGCACGAGUGCAUACCAAUCCAUCCUCCUGACACAUGAGACUUACACAUGAGUGGCUCUGGCAUCUGCAGUAUGACUUCAGAGUACAUCCACUGGUUUGAUUAAAGGUGCGUUCAAGUCAGCUCAGAAUGCAGGAUUUUUCUGUCACAUCACCAGACAGGAAUGCAGCAGAUUGCUGGGCAUCACUUUAUUUGAACUGUGCUGCACUGCACAAACUAUACUACAGUACCUCAAACUACCUAGCUAACUACAUUAGACCUGUGAGUCACUGUGUAGUUUAUAGUAGUUUGGCUUACCUUUUCUUUACCUUCUGCCCUACCUUCCUAAUAUUUAAAUGCUACAUUUGCAAUUUUGUAUGAUAAUCUUAAAGUAAUACUACUUUUCAAGUGCUGAAGGAGUUGUUAGAUACUAUAACUAGCUUUGUUUCCACACUAGGUGUUAUAAUUUGAACUUGAAAUUGAAGCCGAAGCUUUAGUUACCUUAAAGAGAAAGGUUUCUAAUAGAAGGCUGCAAAAAAAAAAUUCCCACUGAGUAUUUUUCACCAGCCACUCUGAUCAGUAUGCUGGUGGUCAUUUUUUAAAUAAGACAGAGGUCCAUUUUUAGCUGCUUGAUUGACAUGCUUCGUCUUAUGUGAUUAACACACUGGCCAGUUACUAAUACACAUAAGGAACUAUGUUGUUCAGAUUUUUCACUCAGUAAAUAUUUUCCUUUAAAUCCACGCAGCAAUAUUAGUGCUCAAUGUUAACAGCGCAUUUGGCCCUUUUGGCCAAUCUAAUGAUGAUGUAUCUCCUCCAAUCAGCUUCCAGCUGCUAACCCCCUAUUCCACUGCACUGCUGUUUAAAUCUCUGUGUUAUGAAUUCUGAGAUGUGUGAAUGCACUCUGUGAGAACAGGAUGAAGGGUCAGCACGUUGUGUUGCUGUGAUACUGUAUUAUAACCUGGAUUACACUGUACUGUACACUCAGUGAUCAAGGAUUUGAGUCCACAUCCACACCUGGCUGCAGUUUUACUUUAAGUUUUGUUGUUUUUGCAUUUAAUUUUGUUUAGUUUUGGAAAGAAAUUGAAUUUAGAUUUCAGAUAGACUUCUCAGCUGGUGCAAAGGGGACCGGGUCCCAUCUUCAUGUGGACUCACAGAUGUUUUCCUCAUACGUGUUAUUCAUGUGUAUUAGUUUGUUUGCAUUCACAUUCACUCAUUUAUUAUUGCCAAAUAAAGGUGUGAUGAUCUUAAAUAAAGCGUAACUCCUGA